UUCACUUUCACUUCCACUUUCGCUUCCACUUUCGCUCUUCCUGGCCUCCUUUUUUGCUUUUUCCUGCUGCAGCCAUGGUGGGAAUAGUCGAGCAGCUUGACGUGCAAAUUGCCCAACUUCUCUCCGGCUGGAAUACCGUUUCCACUAUUCUCCUUGUUGGGAUUCUGGGCUUCGUUGGCUGGGUUGUCUAUGAUACCCAGGAUGCUGACACCCACCCACUGCUCCUUGCGCGACAAUCCCAGGCUUCUUAUGUGAGGCAGCCUGGAGAGUCUGCCAUCUACAGGUCUCCCGAGACUCCUCAUGGCUAUCCUCUCCGCACCGGACUUGCGGUCAAGCCCCCAGGAGCUCCUCUGUAUACUGCUGGCAGAGAUGGCGACCUUCGGGAUAUCUGGCGCCGUGUCACGGGCGAGAUACCGCUUGAGAAAAAUGCUGCUUCGACCGGAGCGCUAGGCGGAAAGCCGAGUGCAACCGGAAAGAUCAUGACCGUGUUCGGAAAAGAGGGCAUCACCGAGCAUAGCAUUGCGGACAUUACCAAAGAGAUCACCAUCAUAGGAAAGCAUUUGCAGUCCCACGGAGCUAAGAAGGUCGCCAUCUACCUGCCGAACAGCGUCGAGUUUCUGGCUGCUCUCUUUGCAGCGGCAUUCUAUGGCUUCUCUCCCGUCUUGAUCCCAUACAACCAACCCCAUCCUGCCCUUAUCGAGCUACUCAUUCGGACUGGUGCCGAUUCAUUGAUCGCCGAGGCUGGGUCUCUUCCCCUGGCUGAUGUAACCAGAGGAGUCUCGGGUCUUCGCCAGGUUAUCUGGACAGUGGAAAAGACGAGCAGGCAUAUGGAUUGGAAUGAAGUACCGGAGGGUAUUGGAGGCAAAAUCGAUGUGUCGGUGUGGCACCAGUUGGUACAGGAUCAGAAGAAUGGCACGUUGGAGCUACCUCAAGAUGCAGCCAAGGCUCCCAGUAUGGUUUUCCUGUGGCAGGAAGGCGUCUCCAAGUCUGUUGAGAUUGUAGAAUUCACACAACAGAACAUCUGCGCGGCUACUGGUGCUCUCAUCUCAUCUUUACCUGGAGCACAGCGCAUGAGCCCCUCCGACUUGUUUCUUCCGGCAGACAGUUUCACGCACUCGUACUGCUUGUGCCUCACACUGGCUGCGUUGUUUUCACAUGCCACAGUCAUCGUCAACUCAGUAGCCGGUCCUGGCAUCGACCUUACCUUGGCAACCCGAACUAUUGCUCCUACCAUUGCUGUCGUCUCCGCGGAAACUGCCAUCAAGCUGCAUAGCACUACGACGGCCUCGAUCACAAGCGGCCUCAAGAAGCUUGUGCAUUACCUAGAGACACGAGUUCUGAUCUCAGGACGAAUGCCAACUGAUACAUUCUUCACACGCCUCAAUGCCCCAACAAGAGCGUCUGUCGGAACUACUCCUGGAAAGUUGCGGCUUCUCUAUGUCUCAGAGCGAGCUGGACAAAACACUCCUCCUCUGACUUCCUCUGACCUCUCGGAUCUCCGCAUUUAUACAAGUGCACGUGUCGUAUAUGCCUUGACUGCAGCAAAAGUUGCGGGAGCGGUUGCACAGACUAACAUCUAUGAUUACCGACGAGGAACAACGCCGGCCAAUAAACAUAGCCACUUCGGCAUUCCCCUUAGCUGUGUAGAAGUGAAACUGAAAGAUACCUUAUCCCAUAGGACGACAGAUGACCAGUGUGCUGGUGAGGUCGUAGUUACGGGUGCUUCAGUUGCUGGCGGAGAGACAUGUUUGGGUUUGAAUGGUACCUUCCGGGAAGAUCACACGCUGGCUUACAUUUGACUAAGGACUGAACCUGCAGGAUUUGAUAUGUAGGAUUCAAUUGUCAAAACAACUCUGAUCAUGAAUUUCUCUCGCUUAUGAAAGGGCAAUUAAGGGUCCGAUAUAUUUGACCUCAAUGCAGAUCAGCAGGCUCUCCUUUGACAUUCUGCCCAUUGUCGGCUUGUCGUGCAGUAUCCGAAGAAGGCUGUGUAUCAUCAUAUCAUGCCCACGCGAGGACACGAGGUUGACGCGGGACAUAUUAGCGGGUGGCUCCGACAUGUGGACCUCGACCCUCUCGCCAUGGAAUUCUAGAAGUCCAUCUCGCCGCACCUAGGUAGCCUCGCCUCCAUUUAGCGCUUGGCCUGCACCUUUCCCCCGCUCAUGCCCAUCUCCCUUCGUUCUCACAGUCUUGCUCUCGACCUAAGU